AUGUUUUCCUCUCUGCUGCGACCCAAGCAGAGCAAUCGCAGUCGUCGCAUUGACCGACUUCACGAUAGGCAUUCGCCUUCCCCCGGACCAGCUUAUCGCCACUAUGGCGAAUCACGACACGCGGUAGCAGACUUCACUGAGGCCGAGGAUGAAGAAGAGGAGGAGGAAGAAGAGGAGGAAGACGAUGGCUUAGCACAGUCUGGGGACGAUCCCGACGCCGUGGAUGACGAGGACCCUCCCCAUCGUACCAUGCCUGUCCUUCCUCUCUUCUCGGAGUCAUAUCUCGACUCCCUGCCUAUCUACAGCAUCACCCACGCGAUUCGCAUCAUCAUUCAGACCCGAACCGAAACGACGUUGACAUGGGAUCAGAUACGCUCGCCGCAGGUCUCUCAGUUCCUGGUCAAGCCUAUGCAGCAACAAAUCAGAACUCAGCAGUUCAACCGCGCGACUCUCUACUGCCUCAUGGCAAAUUGCUUACAGUUCAACAAGGAAGGCCAGUUAUACCCGGGCAAUGCUGGAACAAGUUACACUAGGGCAUUGGUAUGUGAGCUGUUGGCACUCAAGCUCCUCAAGGAGUACAACACUCGCGAACUUAUCGACGCCCUCUCAUAUGACUUCUAUCCUCUCCAAGGACUUCCCGGGGCUCAGCCCGCGAAUGCACCGAAGAACGAUCCGAAAAAUAAGGCACGCCUUACUGCCGCACGAACUUCCACCCUAGAAGUCGCUAUUCGUGCUUCCGCCAAGCACUUUCUCGCCCAUCCCUUAGUCGUCCAACAAUUAGAAGCCAUCUGGAACGGUGCCAUCAGCUUUUACUCGUCUCAAGACAGCUUACACCGCGAACCGCCACCCUCUCCGGUCCAGGGGUUGCCAGAUGCGCGGACGCCGCUUUUGGGUGGGCAGAACCAGAAGGAAGGGCAGCAGAACCAAUCUGUGCUAGGCAGACGGAGCGUUAUUCUUUACGAUCCUCGUCAGGCGUCUCUGUUCAAGCUUUCCCGCCUGCGGGUUCCCCGCUACAGAUUCUUCCUUUCGACACUAUCGCUACUUGUGCUCAUCGGCUUAUUUCUCGCUGUCCUUUCCCAGCGUUCAGCCCGCAUCAGCUCGUUGGAGCUGAUCUUUUGGUUUUGGAGUGCCGGGUUCAUGCUGGAUGAGCUUGUUGGGUUCAACGAGCAGGGUUUCUCACUUUACAUCAUGAGCUUCUGGAACGUCUUCGACCUGGGAAUCCUGGUUCUGUUGAUCGUCUACUAUUUCAUGCGUGUAUACGGAGUGUUCCUCGUGGAUCCCAAGCAUUGGAAUGAUUCCGCGUACGAUGUCCUCGCGGCGAAUGCCAUUCUGCUGCUGCCCCGUAUCUUCAGUGUACUGGACCACUACCCAUAUUUUUCCCAGCUGCUCAUUGCAUUCCGUUUGAUGGCAGUCGACCUUGCCGCUGUUGCGAUUCUCAUUCUCAUCGCAUGUAGCGGCUUUUUCGUCUUCUUCACCCUCGCAGAUAGCAACAACGAUGCGGCGGAUAUAGCCUUCAAGAUCUUCCAGAUAUUGAUGGGCUUCACUCCCGCCGCCUGGGACGUUUGGCCCGUGUAUAAUUGGCUUGAGAGAGGGCUCAUGGCUUUCUUCCUGAUUCUCUGCCACUUCGUUGUCGUCACCAUUCUGAUUACCGUUUUGACCAACUCUUUUAUGAAGAUCGCUUCCAAUGCCAGAGAAGAACAUCAAUUUCUCUUCGCCAUUAACACGAUCUCCAUGGUCAAGAACGAUGCCUUGUUCUCCUACGUUGCGCCAGGAAACAUAUUCGCGUGGUUGCUCAUGCCUCUGCGGUAUUGCAUGCCGCUGAAGCAUUUUGUCCGGCUGAACAGGACCAUCAUCAAGGUCACGCAUUUUCCUCUCCUCUUUUCAAUUUAUCUUUAUGAGAAGUAUUGGCUGGCGCCAUCAAUGUUCGAGCCAACGGAUCUCGUCGAAAACCACCACCAUGGGCGUGAUAGAACCAUUUCGUUCGCUGAUCCCUCGGCUCGCUCUGCGUUAUUCAGUCCCAACGUGCGGGUUCGCGAGGAAUCUGUUACCGGCUACCAGAAAGACCACGCUUUGGAGGAAGUGUUUCGGCGUGGUCCUGGCAUCACCACGUUGCGGAAUCAAAGACGGCAUGAACGAAGGAAAACGCAAAAUGCCAUCCGUAACUGGAUGGAUCAGGCCGAUGAUGCCGACGCUUCUCCCCAGGUCCCUCAGUGGCCGACGAUGGAAGGCGGCCAAAGCAUACGACCUGACUGGCAUCGUCGAUUGAGUCUCUCGAGGGAGCUUCGAUCCCAGCGGUCUCGUCAAAUAUCAGACAUCAGAUCGGCUGCAAGCGAUCCCGCAGAUUUUACGUCACAGCCUGCCAUCGGUUCUUUCUUCCGAGGGAUAGCCGCGGCAACGAAGGCCAAGGAAGAAGAGAACCAGCAGACGGACGCUGACGGUGAUGAUGAGCUUGUCACAAAUGAUGAGGAAGAAGAGGAGGACAUCGCAACAAACGCAGGCGAGAGUCGUCGGGGUCCGGUGAUUCACCAGACUCAGAUUGACGACUACUUCACUACAACGCCGAUGUCGAAGCGUUUCAGCGCUGCUCCGCCUACAUCGUCAUCACUUGGUUCGAGCGGCCGGCCAUCCAUCGCCGCUACCCCUCGCUCAGCACGCCGCAUACCUCACAGUCGAACAAUGUCGACGAACACAAUCCUAUACGCCCCUCAGGAGUUGCGCCGACCGCCUAGCUCGUCUUCUCAUUCGUCACCGGAGCCACCGCCCACUCGCGCGCGCGUGCAGACUAGUCGAGCUGCGGUGGUCGAGCCGGCAGCGACUAGCGGCCAUCGCUCGCCGCGCCGGCAGACAUACGUGACAACCAACACACGGCCCAGGCCUAUACUGCCACCUAGGGACGCAACUCAGACUGCGCCCAACCGAGCAGCGCUCACGGGCAUCGACCAGCGGCUCCGUCCGAACCAGAUGAGACGACUAUCCUCGGUUGACAUGAGCAUUUUGUCGGACAACAUAGCACCUGACGACCCGACGGGAGGCAUGCCGUCGAGCUUCCAAACUCAAAUGGCGAUGGCGUUGAUGAAGGACGCGCGACUCAACGGAGCGGGACGCGGUCAAGAUUCCGGUGAUAGCAACCGUAUGAGCAAGCUCGUGUUGGCACGGAUGAAGACAUUGGAAGAGAGCUUCGCCGACGUUGCCAGGGAGUUGCGCGGGCUUAAGACGAAUUCGAACUCGACUGCCCCGACUACACGCCGCAACUCAUCAGGUGAAGAACUUCAGAAGUUUUCUGGGUUGGCAAGUCCUGCUGGUGCGAGAAAGGAAGAAGGUGCUGAGAGACCCAAGAUGGUCAGGAGAACCACUGGCAAGCGCCCUCCUAGUCGGAAGAGCAUGCUGGAGCCAAAGGUGGGUUUGCUGAGCGCAAAAGCGAAGGGCAAGGAAGUCGCACACUCGUCUGGCGAUGAUUCCGAUAGCGAGAGCAUGGCGCCAGGGAAGAGGAGCUCAAUGUAA